CCUCUUCCUCUCCCCUCACAAAUCGCACGCUCCUCCCCACGUCUCGCGCUCUAAACAUAGGCGAGCUCGACGCGCGCGCGCGCGCCGAUCCCACACAGAAUUCCCUAUUCCUCCUCACGAAUCUGCCCUGCGCGAGCUCGAUCGCGUUCCUCUGAGCUCCCUCAAAUCUGAGUGCGCAUCUCGGGGUCCGAUUCGGAUCGCCUAGGUUUUUCUCUUCCGCGAUCGGCGAGGCGGGGGUGACGAUGCCCUGCUAGGCCUGGGUCGGAGGCGAUGAACAUCGUGUGGGGCGUCGCCGAUCUCCUCCGCAAGGCGCCCCCUCCCCCCGCGCCCGGUGGCGGCGCCGGCUCGGCGCCCGCCGGCGGCCUCGACGACGCGCCCACACCCCGCGUUGUCUUCAGUGAUAGCCCAGAGGAGGGAGUCCUAAGUGUACUUUGGAAGAAGUAUGAGAAUGCAUUUGAUAAGGUUGAAAAGGAGAAAUCCCUUCAAAUUUUUAUCUUACAAUUUGUAGAGACAUUCAGAGAUUGGGGACCACAUACGAUCGAGCAAUUGGUUGGUCAAGAAUUAGGAUCCGACGCAACAAUUGCCGGAUGCUCUUGUGGGCAUCCUUCUGAGGUCAUUCUUAUUCUGAUUCAGGAGAUUUCUCUAAUUACGUCAACUAUUGUUGAAAGUGGCAACAGUCUGCAAUCUCCUGCAAACCUUCAUUCAGGGCAACCAACCAACCUGGGAUUAAGCACACAAAUACUACAAAUUCUGGAGUGCUUGGCAAUUCUGACUCGCUCCUUGCAUAACUGUAGAGUAUUUAGCUACUAUGGUGGUGUGCAGAAGAGUACUUCUCUACUAAAAGCUGCAGUUGCUCAGCUCAGAAACUUGAACAGUUUGCUGGCUGCAGAUGACCAAUCUUUAGAUGAAGAAAUGGGAAAUACUAGGCUGAUGCUAAGUAUACUUGUAUGCAUAAUCACAAUAAUUUCAAACUUCAUGAAGUUGGAAACAACCACCGCAAGGAUACCCCAUAUUGUCGAGACCACUAAGCAUACCCCAUCAAAAAGCCACUUGGCUGCAGUUACUUCUAGUUCUCCAGAUAGCACCAUUUCCGAUACAGUUCGACAUUGGCAGCAGAAGGCAAUUGUUCUUGUGAUGGAAGCCAGUGGUGUCAAUUGGUUAGUAGAACUCUUACGUGUCAUUCAAAGGCUGAAUUUGAAAGAGCAGUGGAAUGAUCUCUCGCUUCAUUUUAUCACUUUGUGCACUCUGCAAUCAACUGUUUCUGGCACUCGUGCUCAGAAUCAUCUCAGAAGCAUUGGUGGGCUGGAAAUUCUAUUGGAUGGACUAGGACUUCCUUCUAGUAAAUUUUCAGUUUUGAAGCAUUCAUCUAUCUCAAGAAAUGAAAGGGGUGAAAUACUUCUGCUCCAGAUACAAUAUUUGCAAAUUCUAUGUGAGGCGGUAUUUGCCAAUGUCAACAAUUUGCAUUUUUUAUGUGAAAAUGGACGGGUACACAAAUUUGCAAACUGCAUUUGUUGGCCUGCAUUUAUGUUUAAGAAGUUCCAGCAGCAAAAGGAUAACACCAUGGCUUCACAUGCACUAGAUUCUGUCUCUGGUCCAAUUUGUUUUCUUGAUAUAACUGAAUGGAAUGACUACUCUGUCAAGUUGAGCAACGCCCUUUGUUCUUUUAUUCUUCCUUCAAAGGAUAUCGAUUACUGGUCCGAUGAAAUAGCUGUCAGCCAAAUUGCAAUAUCUAUCCCGUCGGCAUACCUGGAGCCAUCUGUGAGAUGGAUCAUUAGGAUUCUUAUGACUGUCUUUCUAUGUAUCAGAGCUUGUACCAGUGAAUCUGCCCUACCGAACCACAUAAAGAUUUUUGCAAAGACCCUUCAACACUACAUCAUUCGCAUGUUCAAAAGGGUUCUUAUUUCAACACCAGCUCUACUCUCAGCUUUUCGAGAGGAAGGGGUAUGGGACCUGAUUUUCUCAGGGAAUUUCUUUUACUUUGGUUCAUCUGUAGAAGGCAUCCAUUUUCAUAUUGUUACGAAUAUUCAAAAUGGUGAUAUUAACAGUACUCAAAUAUCUAUUGAUUCCGAAAGUUUGUACUGUACUGAUGUUAACAUUCUUCAAGUGGAAGCUAUUUCCUUCUUGGAGUUUGCUGCAACACUCAAUGAAAACACAUAUAACACGCCAGAAUGCUCGGCACUGCUGGAUGCACUUGAACAUUGCAUUUCUGAUCCUUCGACGGUCAGCACUCUUCUCAAAAGCUUCCGUGUAAUUCUACAACUCGCCACAGAACAAACUUUAGCUUCAUUUGAAUCAUUGGAUGUGAUUACAAGAGUCCUUAAGGCUGCUUGCCAUCAGGCUCAAGAACUACGGAACUUUAGCAAUUUUCUUUGUUCUUAUGUCAUGAUCACUGAAGAUGUUUCCCAGUGUAAAAGUAUUGAAGACAGAACUGAGAACGCUCUUAUGUGUACAGAGUUAGCUUUGAGCCUCUUUACGGAAUAUGUCACUAUAUCGAUAGAUGGAAGAAUUCUUGUUUUACACAAUGGUGACUGUAUUGAGUGUUUAUUUGACUUGUUCCAAGAACAGAACCUUCGAAAACAUGUGCUGGAACAGGUUCUUGCCUUAUUUAGGUUGCCUUCAUUGUCAGCACAAGAUCAUACAGCAAAGUUGCAUUUAUGCUCCAAAUAUUUAGAGAACUUUGCACGAGCAAAUGAAAAAGAAAAGGUUGACUCAGAGUUGUUGAUUGAUCUUCUCAUCAGCAUGAGAGUGAUCAUAAUGAUGGAUCACAUGUACUAUCAAAAUCUGUUUCGCAAUGGAGAGUGCUUUCUGCAUAUUGUCUCUUUGUUGAAUGGAAAUAUCAAUGAGGUGACGGAUGACCAGCUUAUCCUUAAUGUCCUUGAGACAUUAACUUUAUUACUUAAAGGAAAUAAUGCAUCCAAGGGUGCCUUUAGAUUGCUCGUUGGUGCAGGCUAUCAAACCUUACAGAGCUUGAUACUGGAUUUCUACAAAUGGUCACCAAGCGAGAGACUCUUUGAUGCAUUGCUUAGCAUGCUGGUUGAUUGCAAGUUCGAGUUAAAUGAGAAAACGACUAUAAAGAAUGAAGACGCUGCUGUAUUGCUUCUGAAUAUUUUACAGAAGAGCAGCGCAUCGCUUCAGCACUAUGGGCUUGUGAUCUUACAGCAGUUGCUCAAGCAAUCCAUUACAAAUAGAACCUCUUGUUUCAGAGCCGGAUUGCUAAGUUUUCUUCUUGAUUGGUUUUCAAUAGAGGAAAAGGAUGAUACAGUUAUUGAAAUUGCACAGAUAAUACAGAUACUUGGUGCACACAGUAUAUGUGGCAAGGACAUUCGGAAAAUCUUUGCCCUCUUGCGCUGUGAGAAGAUUGGUGCCAAACAGGAGCGCGCUUCUUCGCUUCUGACAAGUCUGAGUCACAUGCUCAAGGAAAAGGGCCUAGAAGCUUUCUUUGAGUUCACUGGCCAUGAUUCUGGUAUAGAAAUAAAAUCACCCUUCCUAUGGCCUUACAAUAGAGGUCUAUCUUUUUCUUGCUGGUUAAGGGUUGAAAACUUCCCAGACAACGGUAUGAUGGGCCUUUUCUCCUUUUUCACAGAAGACGGAAAGGAGUGCUCAGCUGUGCUUAACAGAAGUGCUUUAGUAUAUGAGGUAAUUGUGGUUUUCUACCACAUUUUGAAUCAAAUCAAGUUCUUUAAAAGUUUAGAAAUAAUUUAUUGGAUCCGCACGUUUUACUAUUUGCUACAGGGAUUUGUGCCGUUAAUUAUCUAGUGCGUAGAUA